GCCCGGAGUUGACGGGAGGUAAUCCCCACCAUGUGAGUGGGCGGUGCGGGUACCGGAGGCGUGUUUUUUUUUCUUUUUUUCCAUUAUUCAAAUUCUGCUGUACCUAUAAAAAGGGCGCCUGUGUGCGUCAGAUAGUUUCUCCAAUGGGUAAAGGUGACUAAAUACUAGUUUGUCUCUUUCGCCGGCCAAGUCGCAUCCCAUCGUCUUGGGGGGGAAAGAGAUGGUGCACGACUCCGGCGGUGUCCAAAUGGCGAGGGCGCUGAAGCAUGCGGCGCUGUGCCUGAUGCUGCUGCCCCGGUUCCUCCUGGCCGCCGUCAUGCUCUGGCUCCUGGAUUUCUUGUGCAUCAGGAAAAAAGUGCUGCUGAAAAUGGGGGAGAGGCAGGACGGCCCGGACGACCCGCCGGUGUGUGUCUCCGACUCCAACAAGAUGUUCACCUUGGAGUCCCUCAGGGCUGUGUGGUACGGCCAGAGGCUGGACUUUUUCAAAUCCGCGCACCUCGGACGCGCGGCGCCCAACACCGAGGUGGUGCUGGUGCAGGAGGGGCGGCAGGUCCGGAUCCUGGACUGCAUGAAAGGGAAGAGACCGCUCAUUCUUAACUUUGGCAGCUGCUCCUGACCCCCGUUCAUGACGCGCCUGGCCGCGUUUCAGCGCGUCGUGAGCCAGUACGCGGACAUUGCGGACUUUUUAGUUGUAUAUAUCGAGGAGGCGCAUCCUUCGGACGGCUGGGUGAGCUCGGACGCGCCGUAUCAGAUCCCCAAGCACCGCUGCCUGGAGGACCGGCUCCGAGCCGCGCAGCUGAUGCUCAGCGAGGUGCCCGGGGGCAACGUGGUGGUGGACAACAUGGACAACUCGUCCAACGCCGCGUACGGAGCCUACUUUGAGAGACUUUACAUCGUGAGGGACGAGCGGGUGGUGUACCAGGGGGGCAGGGGUCCGGAGGGAUACCAAAUAUCGGGGCUCAGGGACUGGCUGGAGCAGUACAGGAGCGACCUGGUGAAUUCCAAGACACCGGUGCUCCAUGUGUAGCUGAGGAUGCUGAACCGCCUGCUGCUCUGCCCAUUCUGCCUCAGUGUCCAGCCCACAGUGCAAACUAUCAGAUGCUGCUAUCAAAUGCUCUCACAGGGCACAUUGUGUUGGUUUAUUUUUCACGCGUAAAGACAUAAAGACAUAAACAGGACUCAUCGCCUGAAAUCACGCUGAAGCCUCUCCCCAGGCUGAUAUACUGAAACAUUGAUAAGUUGACUCAUUGUGCUUGUCUCGAUCGUAAUUGAUUAAUUGCUAAUAGCGAUUUUUUUUGUAUGAAAAAGUGUUGGAUAAGUGGAAACUGGAUUCAAUUAGUGAUCACUCUAUUUUUCUACAGUGUGUGUGUGUGUGUGUGUGUGUGUGUGUGUGUGUGUGUGUGUGUGUGUGUGUGUGCGUGCGUGCGUGCGUGCGUGCGUGCGUGUGUGCGCGCUCAUGUUAAUAUGUCGCUCCUCUCAUGGUGUUUCUAUGAAGGUCGGUUUUUAAAAGGCGCAGCCAGAGAACCGACACUGAUCUUUUCCCUGACACCAGGAGCGGGUCCAUAUUAACGGGGAAGCCCUUCGUCCUCCUCCGUGCGCCAAACCAUGUGUGUAACAUGUUGACAACAAUGUGUAACUGAACAAAUGUUUCUAAUAAAUGUCAGAUCACUCAUCCAUGAUGUGCUGUUGACUGUGGAACCAA